AUGAAAGAGGUACGCAAAGAUAAGGAGUGGGGAGCCAAGAGGCUCUGCGCAACCAAUUGUAAGAACCAAUGGUCCAAGUUGGAGUUUGGCCAAAUUGGGACCAAUGUUGUGCAAAUGAGUGCAACAACUGCGUGGGAUCCUUGGGUAUCUGAGGGACAAGGCACCACUAGUUCCCCAUACCUUCCACCAUUACCUCCCGCACCCCCCCACGUUCUUCCUCCCAGGCAUCCACCCACGCUGGCCGGUCCUACCCCACACAUCCUAUGGCAACCCGCUCCUGGCCACCCUCUUGAGCCCGCUCCCCUAUUGAUCAGGGAGAGCUGGGACCCUUCAUUCCGCCAGCCUCCCCUGAGCUUGGCAAAGUCUCACUUGAGCGGGUCAUCCGCCUUCUUUGGGGGCUCCAAUCCCAAGUCAACCAUAUCAAACGGACCCUUUUGGAACAAGCCAAAAUUAAACAUCUUGCAAACAGUCAAUACUGUCAAGGAUGGGCUUGCCCGCCUCCAGCACGCCUGGGGUCCCCACACCCCAGAAGAACAAAAACCCCCUGCGGUCAAGGAAACUCCCAGGGCCGCGCCCAAAGCCAAGCCUAUUGGCAAGGCUCUACCCUUCCUUGGGGGCCCAGCCCCUAUCAUCUCUACAGGGGCCCCCAGGCGCAACCCCCUCUCCUUAUUCAACCCAUACCCUUCCUCCUCCUUCCCUUUGGGACCGGCUCCAGCCCCCCAGGGACCUCCACCAGCGCCUGUCAUCACCCCGGCGCAGCCUCCAGCCCCCUCCACUGUGAAAGUGGACCACCCAGACGCCUUUAAAGGCAAAAUUGGCUUGGAGGCCAAACAAUGGCUGACACGCAUGCUAGCCUGGGUACGCCUGAACCAACAGCAAUUCCCGUUGGACCUGGAGGUCCUAAGCUUCCUCUUGAUGAAUAUGACGGAAGCAGCUGGGGCCUGGGCCCAUCCCCACUUGGACCAACUAGGGUCCCAUUGCGCACUCAUCCAGAGCGUGGAUGAAUUCAAAAACGAGUUCCUGGCCGCUUUUGGCAACCCAGACGCAAUCAGGGCAGCAGAGCAAAAAUCACCUCCCUCACCCAGACCGGCACUUAUGGAACUCAACUGGAAUGAUGCCGCACUACGCGGUCAGUUUGCGCAAGGACUUCACUGGGAGGUCCAAAGACAAAUUGCCACAAGGGAGAGGCAACCCCGCACUCUGAGGGAAUUGCAAGAUGCAUCCCUCAUCAUUGACAACGCCCUCCGUGAGGAACGCGCUAGCCACCCGCAACAGGGUAAUAAGCCUAGCAAAACAACCACAACCCCCAAUUGGGGGGCAAGUACCGGCCAACAGGCCACCAAAACUGGCCCCCUCUCCUCCAAUCCAAACUAUGUCUUGGAAGAAGAACGCAACCGCCGCCGCGCAGAAGGUCUCUGCGUCAAAUGCGGCAAACCAGGGCAUAAGUUUGCCGAGUGCCAGACUGGAUGGAAGGCCACCCCCAAGGAGGAUAAGGGGAAGGCCAAAGAAACCGCCAAAACUGGCAAAGACUCUGAGUACCAAUCAGGAAAAGAGUAA